CCCGCGCCACGUCCUUCAAACAACACCGCCGACAAAAACUGGUUUCUCGAUUUGUUGUCUUUACUCUAUCAGUUAUUAAGGUAAUUUCUUUUGAUAAGACAAAUCAAGCAGUCUGGGUUGACAAUAGUUAUCUUUGGAAACGCCCUAUCGUUAUCGGAUAGGCAGAAAUCGAAAAAUAUUUUUUGUAAAUGCUGAAAAGCUCAGUACUUCGAAGCAUAAACACAACAGUGGAAUAAUGGAACUUACGAAGCGAGGAAGGUGCCUACUGACCACGAAAAUUGUUUUCGGAGUGCUCGGAGCCGUUUCGGGGAUCUCCAUAUUCGUUUCGUUUUCUUAUUACAAUAAUUGGCAUGCUGCUGCCUGGGGACUGUUGUCAGCAAUUUUCGCCAUCAUGGUUCUGCGACUACAUAUCUUUCGCAGAAGGAAUACUUUGCACCUCAGGUACAAUGCUGAAACGAUGAGGAUAGCGAAACAGUGUGGUAUUUUUACAAGCCUGAUAUCCUUCAUUGCUGCUAUAACGUACUUCGUUUUGGCUUAUACAAUCAACCAUGGUUAUCAACUUGAAAAUGAUGGUUAUAUGCCAGCUGGAAUUUUUGCACUCAUGACGUUGAAAUGGACAGUUAUGCUCUUUUUGGCUGGAAAGAAAUAUGAGGAGUUUUUAAGCUCGCCUGAACAACAAGAGUUUGCAUACACGAACACUAGCAAUCAAGCCUAUUCUAGACAGAUUUAGAAAGAAAAAAAAACAAUAUAUCAAUAAAUUAUUGCUUCGUUUU